UCACAAUAAAACACACAAUAACAACACGGUGUAAAGAUGGCAGCGAUGGCACCACCGUUGCAAGUGUGCAGAGGAAUACUAAAAGAACUACGUGCCAUGGGACCGACCUAUAAUAAGUCUCUGGCUUACAGCUAUGUCAUGGACCAGUUCCGUAAGAAUAAGAUAACAGGAGAAAGGUACUGCCGGGCCCAGCAGGAGGCGCACCACGACUCCAACACAUACCUGUGUUUACUGGGCUCCACCAGGACCCACCUGGCUCUGCACAAACUUUACCACGGCAAGGGCGACCGCAGCCAGGAAGAAGCAGCUGCCAUGGUGGGGCUCAGGCUGCCGAAACAGCCGGGGGGGAAGGGCUGGGAGAAGUGAGGACAGUGGAAGAACUCCUCUUUGGUCUUUUGCAAUUCACUCCAUGAAAAGCAAACUGCAAAGGGAUGAAUGUUUGGACGGCAGACUGCGCCGUCAUGGACUGCUUUGAGGGGAUUCAACUUAUUCCGGUUUUGGUCUUCUACCAAUAUGAGUACAUUUGAAGCAACUGUGAAAUAUUUCCUAUGAUUAAAAAUCUGUGUAGUUGUAAAAAUACUGUACUUCGUGUUCACACCUGCUUUUGUUUGUGUUUGGAAAACCGUUCAAACGUAUUCAUUUUGAUUCAGCUGUCACAAUAAAUAGCAUAAAUAUGAA